CCUUCGCCUUCUGGAACACCAUCCCCAAUUGCUCCGUCCUCGAGCGCCAAGGGCUCCUCUGAUGCUGCCGAUGAUCAAUCUCAUGAUCACGCUGAAGCCCUGCGUAGGUAUGCAAUGGUGGAUGCCCGACUACGUCGGCUUUGCGAGAAGAAACCAAGUGGCAAACUCAAUGUGCCACAGGACAUCCACAACAUGUGGUUGGCCGGGGGGCAUUCUCGGGACAAUCUCCGAGCUCUCUUGGAGAAGUUUGAGUUCGACAAGGGGAAGUUCAUCAGUGAAGUCACGGUCAUGAUCGAAAAGCGCCGAGAAAAUUCUGAGAAGGUGAAGUCCGGCUGGUUUACACCCGAUCAAAUGCGCACUGAACUGAAGUGGGUGUCGAGCUACAUCAAGGACGCGGUGGCCUAUUGUAAAAAGCAUGGCUUGGUGAAGAACGACAAGUACAGCAACAAGGUCUACAAAUACUUUGUUGAGUAUUCCGACACGGCGACUCUCAAGAAGUCAUACAUCGAGACUGAGAAGCAAAGCAGCACCCGUGAGGGGGAGGAAGUCAAGCUUGGAGGUGGCUUUCUUGAGCGGCCCGAAGAACCAGAGACCGCCCCUGAUGAGUCUGAACGACACCAAGCCCUAUCAGCGCAGGAAGAGGAGCUGCUGGUGGAGCAGAAAUUUGAGGAUGGUAUGUUGGCAAAGAUGAGCAAAAUCACUGAUUUGAUUGCCCGACUUGAGGGGCUGUCAAAGAGCUCUCCAGAGGACUCAGCCCGCUGCACUAAGCUGGUGCAGGCCUUGGAGGCAAAGAUUCAGGCUGCGCAAGCUGCCUUCGAUACCUUCGUUGAGUGCCGAUCGCAAGUCAUUGCAAUGGACAAUAUUGCAUGUGCUUGUGGUGUUUGUUUCUUUGAUUCUCAUCGCCCUGACAUCCUCACCUCCUGGUUCCCCUGGGCUGAGGGCAUCCGCGCUGGUCCAGAACCUGAGCUUCAUGGCUUCGCCCGCAUGGUGGGCAACGGUGUCUCUUGCCGGGAUGCUAUACGCCAAGCACGAGUGACCCGCAAUCCCUCUAAGGGACUGCAAAGGCUUGCAGCAGUGCCACUGAAGAAAUCUGAGACUGGUGCACAUCAAACUUUUAAAGCUUUUGGCCAGUCGCUGGAUCUCAAGAUUUCAAGAGUUGAUUUGGUGAGCAAGAGCCGGUUUCCAUACGUGUCUUUGUCAGACUGGUUGAAGUAUGUGGUGGAGAAUGACUCCUUAGAGCAAAUUGUUGGGGUCAAGGAUCUUCAAGACAUGCAGCCGCUUUUGACUACGUUUUGGUCCCGCUUCCGCUUCAGUCACCCGCAUCACAAGAUGUAUGAUCCACUGGAGUCAGGUGCGCCGCAGCACCACAGCAUGACGAUCCCCAUCGUCAUGCAUGGAGACGAGGGGCGUGGCAGGAAGAAAAAACAAAUUACGAUACUCUCGUGGAUGGGCUUGCUGGGAAGAGGGUCCAGUCGGUGCAGUGGGAGUGGCAGCUCAGGGGAUCCAGAGCCUGUCUGUUCCUUGAAUUUGCUAGGCAGCACAUGGCUUACCCAUUUCCUCCAUAGCGUGCUUCCAGUCGGUCUAUAUAGCAAUCAACCAGAGGCUUUGGAUGAAGUCUUUGCAUUGCAGGCGCGGGAGCUGGCCACCCUUUUUUAUGAUGGAGUGGAGAUUGGAGGUCGGGUCUUUUACGUUGCUUGCGUAGGCGUCAAAGGCGAUGUCCCAUUCCUGACGAAGUGUGGUGGAUUCAUUCGAAGCUACACGAGAAAGCCAACAGCCAAAUCCAGUCGCAAGGCAGGCGUUGGAAUCUGCCACCUUUGCUGCGCAGGAAAGGAGGACUUCGAGUACCCAGUGCCAUUCGAAGAGCUGGGUGUGGAGCAUCCAAGCUGGCUUAGCACAGUUGGACUUGAAAAGCCCUACAGUUCAGACCCUCCAUAUGCCCUGGUUCCUUUCGAGCGUGAUGGGACGGAUGUGGGGAAGCUGUACCGCUUUGACAUUUUCCACAACCUUCAUCUUGGCCUUGGCAAAAGCUUUGUCUCCUCAGCUGUUUGCAUGGUCCUAGAGCUUUGUCAGGGUAUGUCCAUAGGCGCAGCUUUUGGCAAGCUUUCGGAAGACUUCCGAAGGUACUGCGUGCGGAACAGUGAGUCCCCAUAUCACAAGACCCUGAAAGCUUCAUUGUUCGGAGUACAUACUGGCUUUAAGGAGUGCCCUGAUGGUGCCUGGAGCAAAGGUGACUACACAAGGCUGCUCCUUGAGUGGUUUGGCGACUACUGCUCUCGCGAAGUGGGUGGACGAACUGAUGAUCCGGUUUACUUGCUAUGUGUUUCCAACCGGCAUUCUGUGUAUUUGUUCUUUGGUUUGUAA